AUGGGAUAUUAUAACCAUGUAAUGCCUUUUACGUGUCCUUGGAUGCUUGGAAAUCUUGGAGAGCUGAAAUUUACAAAAAAUAACAAUCAAGAUAAGGCCAUGGAAGAGGAAAGCACAGAAAAGAAGAAAAAUGUAGAAAAAAAGAAGAGGUCUCGAGUUAAACAGGUGCUUGCUGAUAUUGCUAAGCAAGUGGACUUCUGGUUUGGAGAUGCUAAUCUUCACAAGGAUCGAUUUCUUCGGGAACAAAUAGAAAAAUCUAGAGAUGGAUAUGUUGAUAUAUCAUUACUGGUAUCAUUUAACAAAAUGAAAAAAUUGACAACAGAUGGAAAACUAAUUGCCAGAGCAUUGAAAAGCUCAGCUGUGGUUGAGGUGGAUUUAGAGGGCACAAGGAUCAGAAGGAGAAAGCCCCUAGGUGAAAGACCCAAAGAUGAAGAUGAGCGGACUGUGUAUGUGGAAUUACUUCCAAAAAAUGUUAAUCAUAGCUGGAUUGAAAGAGUAUUUGGAAAAUGUGGCAAUGUUGUUUAUAUAAGCAUCCCACAUUAUAAAUCUACUGGAGACCCAAAAGGAUUUGCCUUUGUGGAAUUUGAAACAAAAGAACAAGCAGCAAAAGCAAUUGAGUUUCUUAAUAACCCACCAGAAGAAGCACCAAGGAAACCAGGGAUAUUUCCAAAGACUGUAAAAAAUAAACCCAUUCCAGCAUUAAGUGUACCUGAAGAGAAGAAAAAGAAAAAAAAGAAGAAAUGCCGAGUGAAAAAGGAAGACACUGUCCAGGCUAAAGAAGACACAAACAUGGAUACAAACAACGAGAGCGCCUGUAAACUAAAAAGAUCAGGCACCACAUCUGAGGGGUCGGAAGCAGAUGUAACAGAACCCCAAAAACCUCCCACCAAAAAGAAGAAAAAAAAGGAAAAGGCAGAAGUGUCCAGCUUACCUGAAGUUCGAACCAUUAAGAGAAAGAGGAGAAUCUCUGCAAACACAGAAUGCCCCGCUCCCAGAUCUAAAGUUAGAAAGCUUUCUCAAAAACAAAGUGUUAAAGAAGCUAAAGAAGUUUCCCACGAAAUCAAAGAUUUAGAAGUGUCCACCGAAGAGGAAAAGGUUACUGGUGAUAAAGAUGGAUCUCUCUUAAAAGCAAAAAGGAAGCACAAGAAAAAACACAAGGAGCGGCAUAAAAUGGGAGAAGAGGUUAUACCGUUAAGAGUUCUAUCGAAGUGUGAAUGGAUGGAUUUAAAAAGAGAGUACUUAGCACUGCAAAAAGCCAGCAUGGCUUCUUUAAAAAAAACAAUAUCUCAAAUAAAAUCAGAGUCUGAAAUGGAAACAGACCUUAGUGAAUCUAAUAAAUCUGGAACGAAAAAUGAGAAAGCUAACAGUGAAGAAUGUCGCCCCCAGGAGGUUAAUUCGAUGGGACCACAAUUUGUGAGCGGAGUGAUUGUGAAGAUAGUUAGCACAGAGUCUCUACCUGGCAGGAAACAAAUCAGGGAUACUUUAGCAGCAAUCUCAGAAGUGGUUUAUGUUGAUUUACUUGAAGGAGAUACAGAAUGUCAUGUAAGAUUUAAGAUUCCAGAGGAUGCUCAAGCAGUAAUAAAUGCACAUUCAGAAAUUAAAAAGAAGCACAGCUGGCAACUCGAGAUCCUUUCUGGUGAUCACGAGCAGAGGUAUUAUUGGCAGAAGAUUUUGGUAGACAGGCAGGCCAAGUUGAACCAACCUCGAGAAAAGAAAAGAGGCACUGAGAAGUUAAUCACCAAAGCUGAAAAGAUCAGACUGGCAAAGACUCAACAAGCAAGUCAACAUAUUAGAUUUUCUGAAUAUGAUUGA